AAAUUUGGCUCGGAUAGAUCAAUACCGCAAGAAAAUUAAGUUCCUCUGUGAACAGUAUUUAUACGAGACGCAGCUCUCAGUACAGUCAUAGAGAGAAGAAGCAGAAGAUCAUCACAUUCAUCAUCGGCUUUCACCAACAUCAUCAUGAAGACUCUCUGCUUGUCUCUAGGAAUGCUGCUUCUCAUUGCCUGCUGCUGCAAUGCCAUGCCUCAGGCACAGCAGUACAACACAGGUCCUGUGUGCUGCAACAAGUUUAGCUCUUUUGUAAUACCAAAGAAAUACGUGUCUGAGAUUAAAAAGACCCACAGCUUCUGCAUGAGGAAGGGAUUAGUAGUAAAGACUGUAAAGGGACGAUCAAUCUGCUUCAGAGAGAGUGAACCGUGGGUUCUGAAGGCCUACAAUCAAAUGCAAAACCCUGAAGGCAGCAGUCAGCAACAGUAAACAUCCUGAACCAUAUAAAUGGGCAAUACAUUAUGGAAAUCCUAGGAGAUUAAGGAGAUCCUUCCUGCCCACAGCCAUCAGCAUCUACAACGGCUCUAUGAGGAAACCUUCAUAAUGA